AUGCUUGAUCCAGAAUAUCGUCAGAGAAAACAACAAUAUCAAACAGAGCGGUAUCACAAGCAGAUGCUUGAUCCAGAAUAUCGUCAGAAACGGGCUGAAGUUUCCAGAAAAUUUUAUGCAGACCGCAGAAGAGACAUCGAAUGGUUUCGACAACACGUGUAUGCUGCCAAUAAACGGUUCCAUGAUCGCAUAUUUGCAGACGAUGCUAUGCGCCAAAACAAAAAUGCCUACUCAGCUAAAUGGAACAAACAGCGUUAUUGCGCCGAUCCUCAGUUCAGGUUAUAUCAUGGCCUAAAAAAAUGGUAUAGGUUACAGAGAGAGCACCUCAGCCAAUUUGUCUGGGAACACUGGCGGCCUAUCUAUCAUCAAGACAAAGUCGAGAGAACCUGCGCUACUUGUGCCACGACUAGGAUUAAUGGCAGUCGCCUUUGGUUUGAGCGCAAAAAUACAUCUGACUGCAAUUCUACUUCGUACGACUGCCUUGGUUGCUACGCUGAAUCGAAAUGGUCCAAAAUUGUACCAAUGGAAGCGAAAGGAGCAUCGCGCUUCUACAAGCCUAGGGAUCCAGAAGUCCUCGCUAUGCUUGAGGCCCGAGAAAAAGAAUAA